UAGAGUGCUCCCAGGUAUACACGCAUCUUGUGGCACGCAUCGUGUUAAAUUAAACAGACGUCGUUAGUCGCGUGGACGCAGCCGGAUAGCCGAGGGAGAAGCAAAGGACAAGGCGUUUGAUUUUCAUAUCGAGUCACGUGGAAGAUAUUCACUUUGAGAAAAAUGAAACGGUUCGCGCAUUAUUAUGUAUGUCUGGCUGUAUUAUUAACAGCGGUCUCUGCAAGAUCGGCCGAAACUAAUCCCACGUCUAAUUCCAUCAAUGAGCAACAAACCGCGAGGUCAAAUAGCAAUGGCAUAUUUGGCGACUUACGUUCUGUCUAUCAAGUAUACAAGGAAUGUUCCGGCGCGGAAUUAAGUCCUUGUUUAAAACUGAAGCUCUUGUCGGCUAUAGAUAGAAUUUCUCGAAGCGCACAAUUGAAUGUGGCUGAUGGCGUUACUCUGGUCCAAGAUGAAUCAGCUACCAACGAAUCCGAGCCAGAAAAAUCGCUGCAGGAAAUCGAAGCCAGUUUACCCCGAGCACUGGAAGACAAAGAAGACGCUCUUAAUGGAAUGAUUUUCGAUAAAAUCGCCAAAUUCUUUCAAAGUCACACUUUAAAGCUAAAGUUACCAAAUGUAGAAGAAUUUCAACGUAGUCUCACGGAAGAAGGUCGUAAAAAGAAGAAUAAAAUGGGUGGUCUUCUUGCUAUUCCUCUAUUAAUUGGUGGUACAUUAGUGCCGUUGGCGCUCGGUGCUCUCGCGCUGUUGGCUGGCAAAGCAUUGAUAGUGAGCAAACUUGCGCUCGUACUCGCUUCUAUCAUCGGAUUAAAGAAACUCGUAUCUGGUGGCCACGAGCAUGGACAUGAAGUCGUUCAAGUUGGGGGAGGACAUGGAUCGGGCGGAUGGGCGAGAUCGGGACAUGAUAUUGCCUACUCUGCAUACAAACCAUCGUCAACCUAUUCGGUGUUUCUCUCGCUGUCCGGAAAAUCUAUCAAGAUGUUCAAAUUCGUGGUAGUUGGCGCGCUCUUCGUGGUAUCCGCUUUCGCUGCACCGACGUCACAGGACGUCGCGGCGGCGCCGCCACCUUCAAUCCUCGAGGAAGCCCUCGAUGUAUACGCUUCCUGUUCCGGAGAAUCAAGCAUUGCGGUGUGUCUGAAGAUGAAGGCUCUGCGCUACGUCGACCGUGCCGCUCGCUCGGCUGACAUCGAGAUCAUUGACGGAUUCAAGAUCGUGCAGACUGAAGAUGCUAAAAAUAGCCGAGCUGACAAUGCAAGGUCUCUUAAUGACAUUGAAAGUACUUUACCUGCUGAGACCGAAGCCAAAGAAGCUGCAAUUGAUCAAGCCAUUGUCGACAGAGCCGCCAAAUUCCUAUCCACACACACUGUUGAGUUGAGCCUUCCUGAAGACGUUUCUCGCUCUUUUGAUGAGGCUCGUGGCAAGAAGAAGAAGAUCGUUAAAUCUCUGUUGCCCAUCCUUCUCCUCUUGAAACUGAAAGCUGCUGCUCUUAUCCCUAUUGCCCUUGGUGCUUUGGCUUUGAUUGCUUUCAAAGCCCUUGUCAUCGGCAAGAUUGCUCUUAUCAUCAGCUUGAUCCUCGGCCUGCAAAAACUGCUUGCUUACAAGAGCCAGAGCUACGAGGUCGUCGCUCACCCCGUUCAUGAUUACGGACACGAUGUGCAUCACGAUCAUCAUGGUUGGGCGAGAUCAGCGGCCGCUUCUGAUCUUGCGUACAAAGCGUAUAAACCUUCCGAAUAGCUCAAUGUUAUGCACAACUUCUCUCCCUUCUAAUUUUCUACCUUCAUUCGCCAAAGUGAUCGUCUCUAAUCCGGCGAUCACCUGAGGGUGGCGUGACUCAGCUUCUCAGGAAUCCGCGUACAAGCUCAGCUCGACAACGAGGACGUUUAUCUUACGAUAUACAAACGACUAUAUAUUGAACGUAAACUCUAUAUAGACGGGCAAAGGACUGUUAGACACGGACGUUACUGGAUUUUGCGCGGACUGGAUUUAACGGUACGUGACUCGACGACUCCAACGACGAUGCCGCAAUCGACAAUCGACAGGGAGACUACGAUCGCCGUGGUUCGAUAUACAUGACGACAAAUAUCUAUGACGAAGCUUAGCAUUUCAUCGAUAACGACGAAAAGCCAUACUCAGAGAUUAUGAGAAUCUCAAAAGACUCUCAAAAUAGUGGAAUCCCGUCAGAAUGGUAGAAGUCGCGCCCCCUCCAUCAUACUCGUGCGGUAUCCUUUCAGAAUCUUCUGCGUCUAUCGUAUGCGGAACGAUUCGUAGUCAGUACUCGCACGGGACCACCAGAUUUAAUCCAAUGAUUAUUUAUAUAUCGAUUACCCAUUUUGGGAUCAUCAUGUAACUUAUCAUAUUAUUUAUAAAUAAAUUGUAAUUUUUGUAUAAUAUUAAAA